AUGGGGGUCACGGUGGCCGACGUUAGGAUUUGCAUUAUGCAGUUUUCUAUUGGCAGUCAAAGCCAAAAUAAGACCUUGUAUCCUCCUUGGUGGACACAUGAUAGAGCUGUGGCAUGGUUCCGGGACUUGCCCGAUGACACUCUGUGGAACUGCUACAUCUGUGCGUGUGUGUUGCUGGGGCUCGUGUGGACCGUCGCCCAUCUGCACAAUAUCUACAUCGACAUCAUCGACGUUAUCUACAACGUCUCUUACGCCCUCCACAUCUUCGCUAUUGGCCACAAAAUGGUUUCAGAAUUUGAGAGCACGGAUAUCACUUUUUGGAUAGUUCGGUCCCUGACUGAUUACAACCUAAAGGGCAGCAUAUUAGGGACCACUUUGAAGUUCUGCUACAUAUUCAUGGUGAUGAGAAUCACGUGGGCUUAUAUUUGGUUACACGUAGUGACGAUAAAGCCAUCUUACUACAUAACUCAUUCGAAUCAGAAUGAAACGACAACUAUUAGACCGCAGACUAAACCUGCAGGAGAGAAACUUAUACAGAUGAAAGAUUACGACAACCCCGCGGCAGAGUUCCUCUCAGCCCUCUACAUGAUCAGCAAGAUGUUUAUACCUAUCGGUCCAUCUUCUUACCCGGACAAUGAUAUAGCGCGUAUCUUCUGCAUCAUGAUCAUGAUGUCAGGGUGCCUGGUGGUGACUGGAGCCGCUGUGGCUUCCCUGUCCCUCAUCAUCAGUUUGUACAUGAGGCCUGAAGAAGCAUUCCGGUCAAGAUACAGACUCAUCAUGAAAGAAAUGACGGAUACGAAAGUUCCACCAGCUCUUCGAGACAAGGUGGAAACGUUUUACAAGAUGUACUGGCACAAACAGCGUGCUGUCUCCAAGACUCAGCUGCUACCGACCUAUCCACCAACCCUGCCCGCUACUAUUAACCUUGACAUCUAUUUCGAAGCAACACAGAAGGCACGAAUACUUCGAGACGUGUCACACCACAUCCUCUCAGAGCUCGCCAAGAAGAUGGACACCAUCCACUACAUCCCCGGAGACGCCAUCAUCAAGCGAGGAUCUAAGAAGUGCAGGAUUAUCUACAUCACUUAUGGAGAUGUUGAAAUGUUGACAGCGGAGGAUGACACUACAGCAAUACUGCGGAUGACGCGCGGUACCGUGCUGACUCCGUGCGGCGGAGCGGCUGCAGAGGCCCUCACCAGCUCACAUAUUGCCGUGAGGGCCGCCACUUUCUGCACUGCGCACGUGUUGAAAGCUUCCGAGAUGUGGAGGAUAAUCUAUAAGCAUUCCGUCUCUCAGGACCACGCAGGACCAAUAUUGGCUUCUUUUACAGAUCACAUUGAAAAGGUGAAAAGGCACUACUGCAUGAAGGAACCAGUGGAAGCUAUGCACAAGAGCAGUAUCUUGCAGUUCAAUCGCAAUUUGAUAGCGUUGAAGAGCAUGAAGGAUAGUCAAGGCGUUCCCUUGCUGGCCAGUCCUGACAUCUUUCUGGAGAUUGCUGGCUGCUAUAUCAUAAGGAAUCGCCCGGAUACCACACUGACCGACCAGUCUGAUGAGAUCUGCCUCCGACCUUCGUUCCCGUGCAUCUUGCAGCCUCACUCUUCACUCCUAGUCGCCUGGAACGCAUUCGUAGCUUUUCUCAUACUGGUUAUCUGUAUCGUUCAUCCAUACAAUCUGAUAUUCAAGAAGGUUGUUACCAUGGAGUUUAGGUUCUUCGACUUCGCUAUGACCAUCGUGUAUGUGUUGGACCAUAUCGUUUACUUGUCUACAGGAGCAAACGUUGAGGAAGGAGUGCCGAUAACAUUUGCACAGACAUCUUCGAAACAGAUGCGCAGCCACUGGUUCGUGCUGAACGUGGUGGCCACGCUGCCUAUCUUCGAGUUCGUCGGUGAUGGCCAUUUUGCUGGCAUCAAUAAACUCCUCAGUGUGCCGAAGCUGUUCCGUGAACUGAAGAGCUUGGAGGAAAGCUGUGGGUACCGCAGUAACGUGCUCCGUUUCUUGUCCUACACUCUGCUGCUACUCAUCGCCUGCUACCUCAUUGCCGCCAUUCAACAAGGCUUCAUGUGCUUCCAGGCUGGUUACUGCUUAGUUACCAACUUCACUCAUUCGCCUUUCUGGGAACAGAAACCUUUGGACGACGAAACGAUAGCCGACAGAUUAAUAUUCGGACUCUACUGGGCUAUUUCUAUGAUUAACUUUAUCAACCACAGGCAGACAUGGGCAGCGACUGAGUGGAAGCAUGUGAUCUAUACCUUAUUUAUCCUAGAGAUCUGCAUCGUCCUGCGAAUCUUCAUGGAGGCAGUCUACUCUGCCACAAUUAUGGUCACUACGGCUCCUAGGGAAGAUUACGGUGCCCGCAUAGAAAUGGUGAAGAGUUUCCUUGUUAGAAAUGAAGUGGACCCUCAACUGAGGAAGCGGUUCAUCACUUAUCUCGAACUGUGCUGGUAUACCGACAAGGCAUACACAAUGACUCAUAAGAAGCGAUCGAACAUAUUCUACGACCUACCACCGCAUGUGUUCCAAGAUAUUGUGGGCAAGAACCGGAUCAAUUACAUACACGUCAUACCCUUCAUGAAGUUGGUAAAUAAGGAGGACUUGAAGGUAGUGAUGGCAUCAGUAAAGAUGUUCUACACCUCACCCAACGAAAUAUUGAUUAACACUGGAGAGCUCACCAAUGAGAUCUACAUCAUCAAACGUGGCAUCUGUGAGGUUUUAGACCCGAUUACGCAGAAGUGUGUGGGCCAGCUCGCCAUGAAGACUCAUUUUGGUUCCCUCAUCUGUUUGUUGCGCCUCCCCGCGUACUACACGAUCCGAGCCGUGACUCACUUGCAUGUGAUGUGCAUUCCCAGGAAAGUGUUGGGUAAAGUGCUUAGUACCCCACAGAUAAACCAAGCCCUCGAGUAUCUUAAAACAACCCCGGAGUUCCAAAGUCUGCAGACGCCUAUUCCUUCAUUCGUCAAGUAUGUUCCACCUGCACCGACGGCGAACCUCAUGUAUUUCCGUCUACCCAGAAAGCACCAACCUGACACGGAAUUCUUGGCACCUUUUAACAGACUCGGCUUCCUUUCGAUCUUACGUUACGUAUUUCCUCGGUACACUAUCAGGCCGGAUGGCAAGUACCUGGUGCGCUACGAGUGGUUCCGCUUCUUCUGUGCGUUUCUAUCAGCGCAACUGUUUCCCUCCUACACCUACCUGGUGCUGCAGUGGCCCUACCUCUACUACGUCACACAGUUCCUCGACUUGGCUGCUUAUUACGACAUUUUUCAACGCAUGCUUAUUGGCUACUUCAAUGAGAUUGGGAUCCUGGUGUACCACCCAGCCAGCACCGCCUCUUACUACAUGAAGGGCGGUUUCAUUGUGGAUCUAUUCGGUUGCCUGCCUCUUGAGACCUUGGAGUCACCACGGAGGGAAUUCCUUGGGAACAAGUUUCGCGUGACUCCGACGAAGCAGUUUCUAAUGCUGAACCGACUGAUCCAGUUGUAUCGUAUGCCAGGAGCUAUGAAGGUACUCAAGGAGUACAUUGGACGCCGGGACAUUCUUAUGAUUUUGCAUCUGAUACCAAUAUUCAGCGCCAUACUGAAUAUUUUGACUUGUUUAUUGAUUUUCUACUCCGUCAAAAUAUUUUACAAGGAAUACGACCGGGGCAAGUCGUACGAGUGGCUACUACUGCCAUUUGAGGACCAUGGAGGUCGCUUCAACCUGACUGAGACGCCAUGGAACCUGCACCUAGGGACCUACUUCUGGGUGGUGUAUGAAUGUAGCACCACUGGUUAUGGCAUCUUCAACCCCAGUAACCAUGCUAUAAUGCGGGUGCUGUUCAUUGGAAUGUUGUCCAGCGCAAUGAUAAUAACGUACUACUCGGUCCGCAUUAUCAGCGUCCGAGCGAACGUCAACAAGUCGCUGGCCGGCUUCCAACAACAUAUGAAGGAUAUCAACGCUUACAUGAUUCGCGAGAAACUCGAUUCCGAGCUACAGAAAGAAGUGAGGCGUUACUACGAGUACAAUUGGGAGAAGAUGGGCGGCAUUGACUAUCGAGGAGUUUUGAAACUGUGCGACCAGAUCACGCUGCGGACUGACGCUAUCUUGCAUAUCUAUGGACCUACUUUUGCAAAGUGUCCAAUACUAGUAGAUGCAGAUGUAUCAUUACUCCGUAUCCUGGGCCGGGCAGUUCGUAGCGUGUACUUCCUUCGUGACAUGAAAAUCCUGGAGAUAGACGACAUAACCACUGAACUGUACUUCGUGGACUAUGGAGGAGUGGAGAUCAGGGUCCCCAUGGAAGACACGAAUUCGAUUUUGCGUUUACCAAGGGGCAGUGUAUUUGGUAACUUGGCGAACAUGCCCUGCCGCAGAAGUCCGUACAACGUGGUAGCGACCAGUCGACUACACCUGCUAAUGAUCAAGUCAGCUGCUUUCGCUAAUAUUACUAAAGACUUCCCCGAUGUAAGGGAACUCAUGGAAAAAUCCAGGGUGGUAGAGAAACACAAUAAAAUUGAAAAGAGGAUGUACAUCCUAGGCGGCGAGGCUACGAUCAAAAUGAAGCGACAUUUGCAGUCGGAUCCACCGCGGCGGACGAAGACCAGCUUCCUCAAGUACAUCUACUUCCAAGAGGGCGCUGUACUGUUCUACUUAGUCUUCAUCUGUAUGGGCUGCAUCUAUUUGGACCUGUACAACGCUGGAUAUGAGGACAAUAGUACCUGGAUCCUAAUUACUCUCUAUUCCUUGGAUUUCUGUUUCUGUUUGAAGAUAUUUACUCAACAUGCAAUCCCUUUUCUCGUGACCAACAAGAGUAUGAAGAGAAUAAUGCUACCAAUACGAAGACAGUACUUUAGAAGACAAUUCAGAUACGAUUUGAUAUCAGUACUGCCUUUCGAGCUGUUUGUCUUCGCUGGGGGGCGGUUCGCACUAUUACGCCUCAAUAGAAUGUUUAGAAUUGUAACAGUCUACAAAUGCCUGAGCCGUCGCAAAGAAAGCAUCACGGUCAACCUAACGCUGACCACGGUCAUGGCAGUCUUCAUUUGGUUCACACUGUUCGUCCACACCUCCACUUGUAUCUGGUACUUCAUGGCGGUUGUGGAAGACCAGCUUGAGCCAGGGACUUCCUGGAUUCAUCUAGAUGACGGCACCACUCAUUGUGACAACCACUACAUCUGUUCUCUAUACUUCGUGCUUACGACAUUCACACAAAACGGUGUCGGUGACAUCAUGCCCAAGAAACGUUCGGAGGUGGUGUUCGUGGCAAUAAUUCAGAUUCUAUCGACGAUGGUGUUCAUGAUAUACGUUGGGGAGUUGUCAAACAUUAUCCAGUUCCAGUCCUAUCGUUCGUUCAACUUCUACAGCAAAUACUUAGAAUUGCAGAAAUUUUUGAAAAACAACAGGGUAUCUAAGAAUCUUGUGACCAUUGUAAAUAAGUAUACCCUCCACUUAUGGCGAGAGAACAGAGGGCUACAGAUACCUCACUUCUUGAAACAAGCACCUAUCUCUCUCCGUUUGAGGGUCAUGUCAGCCGCUUACCUGCAUCACAUCACCCGGCAUCAUAUCUUUGAAGAAUGUGAGCCUGCUUUUCUCAGACAAAUGGUGGGAUGUUUGAAGCUGUAUACAUAUAACGAAGGGAUGUACGUCGUGAAAGAAAGUGAAAUCACAGAUGCAAUGUACGUGAUACACACUGGUAAGGUGAAGGAGACUUGUGAGGAUGUUAUGGAGGUCAGUGCCAGGGUCUACCCUGCAGGCUCCUACUUCGGAGUUUUGCAGGGAUUAUUCCGAAAUACUCCGUACACUCACUCGUAUGAAACGGUGACCAAGUCUCAAGUACUCACUCUGAAACUUGACGACUGGGAGUACCUUUUGAAACAUUUUCCAGACAGCAAAAACUCUAUACAUAAACAUAUGAAACAAUUAGGAGACGACGAAACAGAUUACAGUAACUGGCCUGGAGGUCCAAUAACAGAUGCAGGUCCUAAGUAUGAAAUGGACGAAAUGCAACAAGAUACCCUAGACAAGUCGCAGUUUCCUGAUAUACAAAGACAUUUCGGUAAAUAUUCUGCCACAGAUGUAAGAAAAGAAGCACCACUUAGCCAUUCAACAGCAGAAAGAAGACACUCAAGAUAUUUUGCUUGGCCGUCUGAUAAUAGGGAACCUGACGCAAUAUCUAUGGCUCAAAAUAUUGAAGAAGAAAAUCAAGCCGGACCGCCUGAAAAUCAACUUAACAAAGAUCCAAGAGCAAAUCUUAAAUCAAUACUGAGAAAAGUGGCUGGCACUGCCAAAAAAUUAAUGGGUAGAGUUUCAGAUCCCGAAUUGACAGCAGCUGGUGAUGAACUUUUACUAGAAGAAGAUGCUGAAGCGACUGAGGCAUUGCUCAAACAAUUUGAAAAAGCUAAAAAACAGGAAAAGGACGAAAUUAAAAGACAAAGAACUCGCAGACAGAGUCUGUUCUUCCAUGCACCAGACGAAACGACAGAAAAACAUUUAGUAACUUUAGAUAUGGGAUCAAUGCAAAAAUUAGAUCAAAGUGAAUCUGACCAUUUGCCGGUAAAACCACUUACUACUAUAGAAAAUUCUAACGCUCUUAGACUAGGUAAAGAAAAGUCUAAAGUCGUUGAUACUGUCUCAAAAGUUGAACUCACAAUAGACAUAGAAGGUGCCUUAGCUGAAAAUGAGACAAAAGAAAAAAUAAUAUCUCCAUCUCAAGGCGCAGGACCAUCGCAAAGCAUACGAGAAUUUUCACGUAUACAAGCUACUCAAGGCACACCCUAUAUUAGUCGAGCAACCACAAGUAAGCAACCUACUCAAGACAAAAUGACCCCUACCAGUCAAAUUCCGAAAGACCCUCCGUCUGCACGUAAACUUAAUGUACCUACUACACUUUCUUAUUCUGAACAAAGAUCUGACCAAAAGACAAUACAACCAGAUAAAGAAAAAGCUCUCGAUAGUUUGGCUAUCCAAGAUAAAACAAAGUCAAUUGUACCUAUGGCUGACACUUCACCUCCUAUAAGUUCAAAAGCGCCUCUUGGAGAUGCUGCUAGAGAGGAACAAUUACGUGGAACAUCAAAGUCGAAAGAUAUUAUUCUAAAAUCUGAGACAGGUCCUACUCCUAGAUUUAUAGCACUGAAAGAACCUUCUAAAUCAGACGAGUCUCGCUUGGAACGUAGUACUAAGUCUAAAAUUAUACCUGUAAUCAUGUCUAGUUCACCUGCCCCAGAUAGUACUAAUGUUCACCGACGAGAAGAGGAAGUCCCAAAUAUUGUAGCAGACACUGAUAGUACACGACUCAUCAGCGAGGCUUUGGUUAAUCAACAUGAUACAAAAAACCAACCAGCUGGUGAAGCCAUAUCUUCUAAACUUGAUAUGCCUCAAAAACUUUCUCCCAAAGUUCAAUCUGAAAGAGACCGAAUUGUUGAACAAAAUGCUCAAACUACCUCAAGGAUUGAUACUCCUCAACCUGGAUUUGGACGUAGGAGCUCUCAGCCGACCGAUGAAAUUAAAAAUAUACUAACGCCAUAUCGAGCAUCAGAUGUGGUUUCUGGUCCCUCCAGGUCAAGAAUUUCUGCAUCCCAAAAUCUUAAUACAGAAACAAAAGAUGAAGAUGAAGAUAUUCAAUCUGUUACAGAUACGCAAGAAAUAAAAUUAACGUCUUCUGCAGGUUUGUCGGCAUCAUAUAUAGAGGUAAAAUCGAAGCCAGUAACUUCCACAGAAACAGUACUGGAAGAUAAUCAAGUUUCUCGGAGCUCUAAGUCUGCUGGGACCACUAGUACUGCGCCCAUUCUAGCUACAGCUACAACUGAACCUGAUACAUCCAAGCCAUACAUACCGAUCACACUUUCUUAUCUACAACCCAAUAUUAAGCAAGACAUUCAACGCUCAGGUCAAAAUGCUCAGCCAGUCAAGGACAUUACAAAUAUUUUUGCAAGUAAGCCUUCAGAAACUCAAACAUUACGUGAAUCUAAAGCUGAUACUGUAGAGGUAGAUUCAGAAAUUGCCGAGACUAGGCCAGACGAAGAUGAAGCCUCUCUAAUAUCACGGGUAACAUCUGAGGAACAAUCUAUUAAAACAGUGGACCUAACCAAGCCUUCAACUGUCACAGUAUAUGAGCCAGCACUUACACCUGCGCCUUCCACGGCUAUAGAAAGCAGGACAGAAGAGUCAUCUACAGCAAGAGCAACACGAAAAUCAUUUAAGAAAAGACAAAUCAUUUACGACCCCAACCGAACACACUAUGACGACGACGACAACGAUGGGACAACAUCUCAAGCCCCGACAAGUACUGCGCCUUCGCUACAUAAGGAAGAAAGCACUAACACUAAGAGUAAUAGACGCUUGAUUCGCGUGCGGUAUGAUGAGAAAAAAGAUGAUGAUGAGGAGGAUGGGAGUGAUACUGACGAACUUGAAGAUGAGAAACCUUCGAAGAAAGAUAAGACUAGGACGGCAGGCAGUAAUCGGCCUAAACGAGAGGAUGAAGGAGCUACAUCUACAUCUACCUCAAAAUCUGGAAGCCCCAACAAGGAAACUAAAAAAUAACCUUAAUGCAGUAAACGUCUUUAGGAUUAUGAUAAUAAAAAAUCACUGGUUAGGCUCACAACCAGAAAAACAUACCUGAUAGAUUAUUUCUAGGCCCAGUAAUGCAAUGGAGUUUGGAAUUGUAGCCAAUGAAUGGCAGCAGGCUAACAAAAGUUAACCUACUGUUUCCACGUGAUUAGGGUUAUCCCUAACGAACCCGACGCAUUGCUAGCGAGAAGUGAGUGUUAUCUUAUCAAGUCUUUUGAUUUAUAGUUUUAAUAUUUUUACGUCCUUUGAUUUCUAAGUAAAAUGAUUAUGGAAGUGUAAUGUUAGAUUUAGUUUGUUUUAAAAGAUUCAUGUUAUUGUCUCGCUUUUAAGUUAUUGUUAUAA